AUGGCAAAAGCGGACGCAGUUCACUCGGAAAACACCGUGAUCAUCCAGCCUGAAGAUGAGAUCACGCAUGCCGGGACGAAGACGAUGAAGCCUGCGCGGGGGGUUGUGCUGGCGGUUGGCACGACCAAGGCGCUGGGGAAUGGGGGGAGGCAUGCGAUGGACGUGAGGCUGGGAGAUUUGGUUAUCUAUACCAAGGGAAAGGGGAAGGAGGUGAGGGUUGAUAAUGAUGAGUAUUUGCUUCUGGAUCGGGAUGAGUGA